AUGCAUUUCUCUAUUUACCUAUAUCAAUUAUUUAUUUACUUUAAAGUUCUGUACUUGCGUAAGUCAUCUCCAUCUAUCUAUCUAUCUAUCUAUCUAUCUAUCUAUCUAUCUAUCUAUCUAUCUAUCUAUAUAUGUGUGGGUGUUCAUUAUCUAUCUAUCUAUCUAUCUAUCUAUCUAUCUAUACGCUCCGAUAUCUAUCUAUCUAUCUAUCUAUCUAUCUAUCUAUCUAUCUAUCUAUCUAUCUAUGUCCUUUCAACUGUGUGUCUGUCAUCUCUCAAUCUGUUCCUAUCUAUCUAUCUAUCUAUCUAUGUCCUUUCAACUGUCUGUCUGUCAUCUCUCAAUCUGUUCCUAUCUAUCUAUCUAUCUAUCUAUCUAUCUAUCUAUCUAUCUAUCUAUCUAUGUCCUUUCAACUGUCUGUCUGUCAUCUCUCAAUCUGUUCCUAUCUAUCUAUCUAUCUAUCUAUCUAUCUAUCUAUCUAUCUAUCUAUGUCCUUUCAACUGUCUGUCUGUCAUCUCUCAAUCUGUUCCUAUCUAUCUAUCUAUCUAUCUAUCUAUCUAUCUAUGUCCUUUCAACUGUCUGUCUGUCAUCUCAAUCUGUUCCUAUCUAUCUAUCUAUCUAUCUAUCUAUCUAUCUAUCUAUCUAUCUAUCUAUGUCCUUUCAACUGUCUGUCUCUCAUCUCUCAAUCUGUUUCCUAUUCAUCUAUCUAUCAUCUAUCUAUCUAUCUAUCUAUCUAUCUAUGUCCUUUCAACUGUCUGUCUUUCAUCUCUCAAUCUGUUCCUAUUCAUCUAUCUAUCAUCUAUCUAUCUAUCUAUCUAUCUAUCUAUCUAUCUAUCUAUGUCCUUUUCAACUGUCUGUCUGUCAUCUCUCAAUCUGUUCCUAUCUAUCUAUCUAUCUAUCUAUCUAUCUAUAUAUCAUCUAUCUAUCUAUCUAUCUAUCUAUGUCCUUUCAACUGUCUGUCUGUCAUCUCUCAAUCUGUUCCUAUCUAUCUAUCUAUCUAUCUAUCUAUCUAUCUAUCUAUCUAUGUCCUUUCAACUGUCUGUCUGUCAUCUCUCAGUCUGUUCCUAUCUAUCUAUCUAUCUAUCUAUCUAUCUAUCUAUCUAUCUAUCUUACAUAAAUAUCUCUCUCUCUCUCUCUCUCUCUCUCUAUCAUACAUAUUUUUCCAUUAUUAUCUAUCUAUCUAUCUAUCUAUCUAUCUAUCUAUCUAUCUAUUUCAUUCCUUUCAUAUCUAUCUAUCUAUCUAUCUAUCUAUCUAUCUAUCUAUCUAUCUAUCUAUCUAUCUCAUUCCUUUCAUAUCUAUCUAUCUAUCUAUCUAUCUAUCUAUCUAUCUAUCUAUCUAUCUAUCCCAUUCUUUUCAUAUCUAUCUAUCUAUCUAUCUAUCUAUCUAUCUAUCUAUGUCUCUUCCGCUUCUUCUUCUUCUUCUUCUUCUUCUUCUUCUUCUUCUUCUCUCUCUCUGUCAUUUCUCAAUCUGUUCAUAUCUACCUAAGCAUGUUUUUAUCUAUCUAUCUAUCUAUCUAUCUAUCUAUCUAUCUAUCUAUCUAUCUAUCUAUCUAUGUCCGUCUUCAUCUCUCUCUGUCUGUCAUCUCUCAAUUUGCUCAUAUUUUCAUAAACAUCUAUCUAUCUAUCUAUCUAUCUAUCUAUCUAUCUAUCUAUCUAUCUGUGCGUUUGUAUAUUACUAUCACCCUAUUUCUCUUUAUAUAUGUGUAUACCUCACUAUGUCUCUCUCUCUCUCUAUUUAUCUACCUAUUUCCUUCAAUAUAUCUAUUUAUUUACCUAUUUCAAUCUAUCUAUCUAUCUAUCUAUCUAUCUAUCUAUCUAUCUAUCUAUCUAUCUAUCUUGCCCUUUCCAUCCCUAGCUAAGGAAUGGCAGAGACUAAUUCCCAUUACUGGUGUUGAUUUCUUUAUCUAUUUCAUACCGUUCAUUAUCUAUCUAUCUAUCUAUCUAUCUAUCUAUCUAUCUAUCUAUCUAUCCCGGACGAAGCUCCGCCGAAGGUCUAUUCAUAUCUAUCUAUCUAUCUAUCUAUCUAUCUAUCUAUCACAGUUUAUUAAUAUCUAUCUAUCUAUCUAUUCACAUGUAUCUGUCUAUCUCUGUCUGUUUACGUCUCUUUCUAUGUAUAUAUGUCUCAGUCUCUUCAUAUCUAUCUAUCUAUCUAUCUAUCUAUCUAUCUAUCUAUCUAUCUAUCUAUCUAUCUAUCUAUCUAUCACAGUCUGUUUACAUCUAUUACAGUCUAUGCACAUCUAUCUAUCUAUCUACACCUAUUCACAUCUAUCUAUCUCACUCUCUUCAUAUCUUUGUCUGUUUAUAUUCUCUCUCCACCCUCUCCCUCUCUCUCUAUAUAUGUCUCAGUCUCUUCAUAUCUAUCUAUCUAUCUAUCUAUCUAUCUAUCUAUCUAUCUAUCUAUCUAUCACAGUCUAUUUACAUCUAUCACAGUCUAUGCACAUCUAUCUAUCACUGUCUAUUACAAUCUAUCUAUCUAUCUAUCUAUCUAUCUAUCUAUCUAUCUAUCUCUUUUCACAUUUAUCUUUAUAUUUCUCUCUCUCUUUCUCUCUCUCUCUAUAUAUAUAUUUGUGUGUGCGUCUAAGUUUAUUCAUAUCUAUCUAUCAAUCUAUCUAUCUAUCUCAAUCUAUUCACAUUACCUUGUCAGUCAUCUUUAAACUUGUAGAAAAGAGGAAUUUCUGCCCAAAUGAAAAAUAUAUCUGUAUCUAUCUAUCUAUCUAUCUAUCUAUGUUAAUGCCCAUUUAUAUGCCCGUGUUGAAAGUCUAUCAAAUGCAUUCAUCUGUGCAAAGUAGAAGCGUCUUUUGCAGUGAGACUGUGAUGGGAGAAAACCAAGUUGCUGCGGUGGGGGUUUAUUAUCGCGGAGCCUUCGUCCCGUUGCAAACAGCCCGGCGACACAGCUUUGUAUCUGCAGACAUCGUUCGCUGUAAGAACGCGGGGGAAUCAGCUGCGGCGGUUGGCGCCACCUGCCGCCGAUUUGUGCAAAUAUCGAAUCGGAAAGAAGGCUGCAUUUACGUCGGCGUCGAAUGGAAGCUUAUAUACGACGCCAAUCGGAAGAAAGACAGGUUUUGUCAAUCAACGUUAAAAACAAAGAAGUUAUCAGCGUUCAUUUCUUUCUUUCUUUUUUCUUUCUUUAUUUUCUUCUUUCUUUCUUUCUUUUUUCUUUCCAUUCAUUCGAGCAUGAUUUCCAUUGAUCUUAACUUUCCCAAAUUUUCUUUCUUUCUUUAUUCUUUCUUUCUUUCUUUCUUUUUCUUUCUUUCUAACAUAAAUUUCAAUGAUCUUGUUCCCCACAUUUUCUUUCUUUCUAUCUUUCUUUCUAUUCAUUCUAGCAUAAUUUCUACUGACCUUAACAUUCCCAAAUUUUCUUUCUUUCUUUCUUUCUUUCUUUCUUUCUUCGUAAUUUCUUUCCAUUCAUUCUAA